AUGAAUGUAAAAAAUUAUAUAUUACGCAAACUUGUUGGUGAUUCUUCAAAUACAUUGACAGUUGAAUAGGUGCAGAGAAUUCUGGAAUCCCAAAAGGAUGAUGAUAGAAUAUUUAGGUAAAAUGACAUAUGCGAAAUAGAGCAAUUAUUAAUUCAUCAUUAUCCAAUUAAAAACUACAGAAUACCAAUUCAGAUUUCCUCAUCAAUUCUUAAACCGAAUUCGGCAAUCUUUUGUUGAACUAACUGCAAUCCAGCUUAGUAAAUAUAAUAAUCUAUAUAAUCAUUUUAGUAAUCCAUAAAAUCAAAGAAUUAACUUUUGUCAAUAGACUAGUAUCCUUUAGACAUCAAUUAGUUUAAUGUUGACAUUUCACAAACUGAUUUAAUCAAAUAAUAACUUUAGCAUCUCUAUCGAUUAUACAAAGCUACUAUUCGUUAAAAUGGUGAUGGAUUAAAGGAAACUUUAAACUACCUUGCCAACCUAAAUUAAACAGAGUAAAUUAUUGAAUCCCAAUAUGCGUAAUAAUGUAUUCUAAAAGCUCCUCAGUUUAUUCAAGGAAUAGAUUAAAUUAAUGUAUGGUGUGAUAAAAGUACAACUCUACAUUAGACAGUAACCUCAACUAGAUAGUUAUUGUAAUAAAGUAAAAGUUAAUCAUUAAAACAAAAAUUGCAAAUUGUAGAGAAAUACAAAUCCAUUUAAAGAAUUAAAUAUACAUUAGAAAAAUUAAUGAUUCUAAAAUAGACCUUUGGAUAAUUGGCUUAAGCAAUGAAUAAAUACGAUGAUAAUGCAUAUGAAAUCAUACCAAUUAUGAAAGAGACACAAAAUAAUAUCAAUAAAUAUAAAUUGAAUGAAUUGAAAUUAUCAUGCAUAAGCGAUAAUUUUUUUGAAAAUAAAAUAGAAUCAUUAAAAGAAAGAAUUAAAUAAGGCAUUCUGGCUAAUUUUAUGAAGUUUGAUGAAAAGAAAUAUUGUUCUCUUUUGAAAAGUUACUAUUUCAUUGAAAAACAUUAUCAAAUGCAAUCUUACUUAACUUAAAUCUGGGGUUUGGCCAAAAAGAGUAUUAGUGUAACUUUCAAAAAUGCCAUUAAGUUAUUUGAAUAAUCGUAUAUUCCUAACAAGAUCUAUCAAAAUUGUUAAGAUGAGGAUUUACUCUAAUUCUACAAAUUGCUAUAUAGUGAAUUAGUAGAAUAAAUGCUAAAUUUCCAUUAUUGCAAUAGAUUCCAUUAAGAAAAUGAUUUUACAAUUGAAGAAGAGGAAAGCAAUAGUAAAUUCGAAGAAUAUACAGAAUAGAUUAGACAAUCAUACUUAGAAAUGAGGUAACUAAUAUGGCAAUAAAUUCAAAAGAAACUUGUUAAAAUCAUCACUGCUCAUUUAAUCAAUAUUAAAUCUCUUGUUAUUGAACAAUUAAUCUAUUUCUUAGGAUAUAAUUGCUUAUUAAUUAAAAGAGCCGAAGACUUUAGUCAUUCUGAUUCCCAAAAGUAUACUUAUAAAUAUAUUUAGUUUGACUAAAUGCAUUAUCGAUAUCUAUAUGAGUUUUGUUUAAUAGUUUCAUAAAGCAAAUUUAAAAUCUAUAAGCACGUACUUACAGAAUGAAUUAUACCAAAGAUUGCCUUUAACAAAAGAUUCAAAAUUAAAUACAUAAUUAGAAUAGCUAACAAUUUUGAAUUAAGUAAAUAAAAAGUUGUUUGAAUAUUUGAUUGAAAAAAGGGAAGAAAACUAUUAACAAGAAGCAAAGAAAACAGUUGAUUUUUAAGAUUUAAUAAAUAACGAUAAAGAGAUGCAGUUGUUUUAUUUAUUUGAAUAUCAAAAUCCUUUUGUACUGUAAUAAGAAGAGUUUGAUCUAAUUAUAAAAGCAAUCUGGAUUAAGAAGUAUGCAACAUAAUCCACAGGAGUUUUGAAUUAAAUUGAAUCAGUUUUAUCAUCAUCCAGCAUUAGAAUCUUGGAAUUGCUACCGUAAUAUGCAUAGCUCUCCUUCUAUCACCCUUCUUGCCAAUAGCAAAUCGUAGGUAACUUCCUUCAAUUGCUUGAACUCUACAUGUUUGUUUCUUACAAUUAAUUGGUUGGGAUGCAUUAGUAAAAAUAAUUGUUAGAAAAUUUUGCACAAAUAAUAAAAUUUGAUGAAAGCAAAGAAAUUGAGUUCUUUGUGCAAACUUAUGAUUCAUUUAGUGAUUGUUUAGUUCUAUAAGAGCGUUUUUGUUUUUUCAAACGAUUUGUUUAAAGGUUUUGCAAAGAAGGAAUUGAUUUUAAGGAGAUAGAUAUAUUUUAAUCCAAAGAAAAAAGAUAAUUUGUUGAUAUUGCAGAAAGAGCAAUAGCUUCAGAAUCCUUAGCAUAUCUGCUUUCUUAAACUAAAACUGUAUUCUCUCUAAUUGGAAUAACAUCUUAAAACUUUGAUAUUUUUAAAGAAGUCUAUAAUCAAUAUAAGGAGUUCAUUUAUAGAAAUUUUGUGUAAACCUAUAUUAAGAUCGAUGGAAUUGUACAAUAUGUACCAUAAUAAAGAUGGGAUCUUAAAGAUCUACAUAAUGAAAAUAAUAAUAUUUACUUGGAUAGAUUGAUAUAAUUUAUUCUUGAUUAAAAAGAAAGACUCAAAAGCAUAGGAGGAGGUGUAAUACCACCAAAUGCUCAAAAGGAUAUUUUUUCGUUUUUAGCAGAACAUUGUUUGAAUAUAUUAUUGGAAACUUAUGGAAAAAUUAAAAAAGUAAUUUAUUUUAAUUAAUUAAUUAAUUAUAGUUGAAUUCAAUAGGUAGAGAUUAAAUGGUUUUCGAAUAUACUACAUGUUGUUAAUCAAUAGAAUCAAGUUAGAAGAAUAGUAAAGAAGUCGUGCUUAAUCCAAAGAUCACUAUAAUGUAAUUAGAAUACUUAAAAGUCUUCAAUUCCUAAUAAUAUGAGGAGAUCGAUUAAUAUAUCUAAAAAUCGAAAGUAAAUACAAUUUAGUAAUCACUUUUAGACUUUGAUCCCAUUAAGAUUGUUGUAUAAUUUGAUGAGUUCAAGUUCAAGUUAUAAUAAAUUAUCAAAAUAAUAGAAAAAAGAUAUUUCAGUAAAGUUUUUCAAAGAUUAUUAUGAUACAUUUAAGUUAUUUUGA